UGUUGCACGUAUAAAGAACAUCUGCUCCGCACACUAUCAUUUUUCACAGUCUGAACAAACAAUUAAUAAUAAUGGGUUUUAAUUCAGUAGAAAUAGCUCGCGAUCAGUGGCCAGAUUUAAGAGACUUAUAUGCCAGUGAUAGAACAAACCUCACCGGUUUCGAUCUAAUUGAAUACUUUGUAAACUACAAGCCCUCAUCUAGUGUAGAGUCUAUAAAGAUAUAUACAACCGAUAAGGAUUGGAUUACACAUGACAGCUAUAUUCUAAUCCGUAACUUUGGUAGCAAGGCGAAUGUUUUCUUUGAUACCAUUAAGGGCUCCUUAGAAGAUCUAACCUCUUUGUUGUGUUCAUUGAAUCUGAAAGUUGUCCAUUUAAUCUGUGGCUAUGGGGAACGUUUAAAGCCAGUUGUUGAGAAAUAUUGGUUAAAUUUGGGUCAAAAAUUGUGCAAGCUAGAACAUUUAGGCACUAUUGUUUAUCAUCUGCCAAGCUCGGAAAUCUCACGUUUGGAACCAAGUUUGAAUCCCUCAGCUAACGUUCAUUAUCUCAGUUCGAAAUAUGCUGACUUGGUUGAUAAACACUCGGCUUAUCGCUCUGCAGAUUCCGUAACCUUAAUUAAAGGCUUAAUGGAAAACAAUUUAGCUGCUGGAGUUUUUGAUGAACAAGGAGAGCCCUAUACCUGGUGCCUGAGAUCUCCUCAUGGUAGCUUGUGCAACUUGCAUGUUUUGCCCUCACAUCGUCGAAAAGGACUUGGGUCUUUGGCAGUACGGUUCAUGGCUCAUGAAAUUAGUUCCUCGGGCUCAGAAGUUCUGGCCACAGUUGUCUUCGAAAAUGAGAAGUCCCAAAAAAUGUUUGAGAAAUUAGGAUUUACUCCUAUUAAUAAAGUCUACUGGGCAGUAAUGCCUUCUGUUUUAUAA